UGUCCAGGCACGCACGGUCUACAAAUAUUUUUGUUCAGCUAACUUAUAACUUCCUCAAGAGGUGAAAGCUAGCCAUGUCAAAGAAUGAAGAAGCCAUGGAUGAUUUUGAUGUGGACAAAGGGUUGGAUGAUUUGGGCCAACGCCCUAAAAGGAGACAAAAGACAAAGAAGAAAAUGCUACUAAAGAAAGCUGCAGAUGAUAAGGUGGUGGUAAAGGUGAAUAGCUUUGGUGUUCAUGCAGGUAAAGAAUGGACAGAACUGACCAAUUAUAUUGGUGUCUUAGUGCGGGAUCAUGUUUCCAUAGUGCAUGAUGAAUGGAGACAUGUGAAAGUUAAACUUAAAGAUGAAAUGUGGAACCAUCUUAAGGAAUUGUUCGUGUUGAGUGACAAUUCAAAAAAACAUGUGUUAGCUACUAUGAGUGUAGCUUUCAGAAAUUUCAAAUCUAUGCUGCGAAAUGACUUUAUCUAUCAACAUGCGCAUAACCUGGAGAAGUUAGCAUUACCUCCCACGGAGUACAAACAGAUUUCGAAGAAAGAAUGGAAAUUAUUUGUGAAGAAAACUUUCUCUGAAGAAUUUGUGGAGAAAAGCCAAAAAGCGAAAGCGCGCCGAAAAAAGCACAAAUUGAACCACCGAUUGGGUUCUACUGGAUAUGGAGGCUUGCUUGUAAAGAAG